UCAAGAACAAUCAUCUCCGGUCAGCAGCCAUGCAGCUGGCCAUGCUGUGCACAGUGUGUCUGCUGCCCAGCAGCCUGGCCCUGCCGCUUCCCCGGGAGGCAGGAGGCAUGAGCGAGCCGCAGUGGAAACAGGCUCAGGACUAUCUCAAGAGAUUUUAUCCAACUGAUUCAAAAACAAGAGGUGCCAACAGUUUAGAAGCCAAACUCAAGGAGAUGCAAAAAUUUUUUCGCCUGCCUGUAACUGGAAUGUUAACUUCCCACACCAUGGAAAUAAUGCAGAAACCCAGAUGUGGAGUGCCAGAUGUUGCAGAAUACUCACCAUUGGCAAAUAGAGCAAAAUGGACUUCCAAUGUCGUCACCUAUAGGGUCGUGUCACAUACUCAAGACUUGCCACUUGUCGUAGUGAAUCAAUUACUGGCAAAGGUCCUCAAAAUGUGGAGCGACGAGAUCCCACUGACCUUCAAGAACGUCAGCUGGGGAACUGCUGAUAUCAUGAUUCUCUUUGGAAGACGAUCUCAUGGGGAUGCCUUCCCAUUUGACGGACCAGGAAACAUACUGGCUCAUGCCUUUUUACCUGGUCGAGGCUUUGGAGGAGAUGCUCACUUUGAUGACGAUGAACACUGGAGUUAUGGUAGCAGGAGAGGAGUUAACUUGCUUUCCGUUGCAACUCACGAAAUUGGCCAUUCUUUGGGUCUGCUACAUUCGUCUGAUCCUAAUGCUGUGAUGAAUCCAACCUAUAGAGAUGUAGAUCCCAAGAAUUUCAGACUUUCACAGGAUGAUAUCAAUGAAAUUCAGAAAUUAUAUGGAAAGAGAAAUAAUUCAAGAACGAAUUAGAAACUUCAGGGAGAACACACAUUCAAUCACGGGAUCCUAUAUCAUUCUUCCCCAACCAGAAUUAAUGAACACUGUUCCUGCACUCCAUUUAGCCCUUACUUCCUCUUUCCUUGAAUUGAGCUUGGUUUUUACAUGUAUCUCUCUCCCUCUGGGGAUAAGGUCUUUUACAACAUAAUUGUGUCUUUCUCAUCUGUGAAGCACCUCAAGCAAUUUGAACUUAGCAGAUGUCAAUGAAUGUUAAAUACACAGAUAAAUUAAAAAAAUGUCCAUAGUAAAAUGAUUUAUAUUUGGGAGCACUGUUUCUGUGUCAAGAGAAGGCAUGCUAUACAAUGAAAUCAAAGGCUAAGACCAGAAAAAGAAAACUCCACCACAUUAUUUUGAAUCUUCAGCUGCACCUCACUCUGUCACCGGGUUGGUAAUGUGGGAACUCCAACCAUUUAUUGUUCAUUAGUGCAGCCCAAAGGUACACUAAGUUCCCCUUAGCCUUUUGGCCCAAUCUCUCACUCUGAGUAUUCUGGAAAGUCCAAUUCUUCCCACAAAAUGUGUGUGAAUUCCCAAGGAUUCACAUUCUCAUAGUCACUUUGGCUCCAAGUUUCUACCCCUGACCUCUUGAUUUCACUGUGUCUCUCCUGCCACAGCAGCUCUGUGUUCCCUUUCCUCUUCCCCAUGCCAACCAAGCUAUUGCUCUCACCCUCUUCUCUUUAACUUUCUCCAAACCAGUCCUACAAGGUUUUUGGGAGACUCUUGACAUUGCUGAAGAUUUGUAUCAACAGUGAGAUUUUGUAUUGCAUGAGGACAAUGAAAUUAAAAUCAGAUAUCCCCGUUCUUCAAAUCCUUUACCAAUAAUAGCAUCAGGAAUUUCUCACUGCCCACCUACCUCUGCAGGAUCCAACCUCCUAACACAUUUCUCCACGAUCCUCAAAUCUCUAUACCCCGUUCCUUCUGACUUCCCUCACAAACUCAUUUUCCUGAAGUCCUCACAGCUCCAGCUCUCCUUUCCAUGAACAGAGACUCACUAAUGUGUUUCUCUGGGAGAAGCACUCCAUGCAGGCUAAACCCCUCAGCAGGACACAGAACUGGCAAAGGCUUUUCCAUUU